AUGUCCACCCCGCAAGAGCAGAUGGAAGCUUUCCGCCGUGCUGCUGAGACUCUUCGUCUGAAGAUCGAUGUGGUCCCGCGUGUGAUGAUCAUCUGUGGUCUGGGUCUUGGUGGACUUGCCAAUAUCUUGGAAGGAAACCGCGUUGAAGUGCCCUAUCAUGACAUUCCUGGCUUCAAGACGUCCACCGUGCAAGGCCAUGCCGGUAAGUUGGUGUUCGGCACUAUUGGGCAAAAUAAAGUCCCAGUGAUGUGUAUGUUGGGAAGACUUCAUUACUAUGAAGGGUACUCUUUGCAAGACACUGUAUUCCCUGUGAGAGUAGCUGCUGUGUUGGGGAUCAAGACGAUCAUCGUCACCAAUGCUGCCGGCGGUGUACGUCCUGGUUUCAAACCAGGCGAAUUGAUGGUGAUCGAUGAUCACAUUAACUUCCCUGGUUUUGCCGGUACUCACCCGUUGAGAGGUCCUAAUCUUGCCGAAUUUGGGCCUCGCUUCCAACCUCUUAGCGAUGCUUAUGACUUUGAACUUCGGAAGCUUUUCAUGGACAAGGCGAAGGAAUUAAAGGUGACGAGAAACAUUUACGAAGGUACUUACUUUUAUGCUACGGGUCCUACUUUCGAAACGAGAGCCGAAGUGCGCAUGGUACGGACUCUUGGAGGGGACGCCGUGGGGAUGCUGACCGUUCCCGAAGUCAUUGUUGCUCGUCACAGUGGUUUGAGAGUAUUGGCGUUGUCGCUUAUCACCAAUGAAGCCGUUGGCGAUAAGCCACCGCUGGCAUUCGAAGAAAACCCUAAGGACUUGAGCGAAGGAAUGGCUCUGCACGACGAGGUGUUAGAAACCGCUGACGAAGCCCUGAAAGAUGUUGAGGCAAUUGUGGCAGCUGUGGUGAAUGAAUUAUAG